AUGUCGACCUACAAUAUCCUAGUCAGCGGUUAUCGAGAGACAUACACCAUACUCUCUUUCGAUCCCGCAACAUCCAAGGUGAAAGUUGUAUCAGAUUCAAAAGCACCCGAAAAGGCAUCAUGGAUUGAACCUGCUUCGAAACAACAUAAUCCAUUAGCAUCAAGUAGAAAAUUAUAUUCGAUCUCAGAGGUAGAGAAAGGUCUCGCAGUCAGUCUUGAGUUGAAAGAUGACAAGAUCGAAAUCACCAGUGAACGAGAAACUCAUGGAGGUCCAGCUCAUAUCCAUGUAAUGAAAGAUGGAUCUGGAUUGGCAGUAGUAAACUACAUGGGAGGAUCAAUGAUCUAUUUCCCAUUCAACGAAGAUGGUACAUUAUCUUCCAGCCCGUCAGAACUACUCCACUUCCCAUUCUUGUACAAAGAUGGAAAUGCACCUAAUCCAGAAAGACAAGAUACACCUCAUGCUCAUCAAGUCAUCGAAGGUGAACCUGGAAGAUUGUAUGUUUGUGAUUUAGGUAAUGACCGAAUCUGGGUGAUUCAGAAGAAAGGGGAGAAGACUUUAGAAAUUGCAGGUUGGUUACAAGCACCUCCCGGAACUGGACCAAGACAUGCUACUUUCAGUGCAGAUGGUAAACACCUUUAUGUGUUGACGGAAUUGACAUCCGAUGUAUUGGUUUUCUCACUUACAACUCCAACAUAUCCAAUUGUCCCUAAACCUGAUUUCAAAGUGAAUGUCAUACCCCCUUCAGUGCCGAAAGAAGCUCAUGAAUUCAUGAAUUCGGCUGAAUUGAUCCUUAAUCCUGCUUAUCCAAAUAUCCUUUAUGCAUCAAACAGAUUAGAGAUGAGUUUGAAUGAGAAAUCAAAAGGUAAAUUCAAGACCGGCGAUGACGUUUCGGGGGAUUCGUUCGCUAUUAUCGAACUAUCAUCUACCGGUGAUGAAAUAAAGAAUCUCAAACACUUCACAACUGAUUUGGACAAUUUAAGAGGAAUGACAAUCAGUUCAGAUGGGAAAUACAUCGUUACAGCAGGAAGAAAGUCAGGUGGAUUGGCGAUUUAUGAAACUGGUAAAAAUGGUAAAGAACCAAGAUUAGCAGGUAAACACGAAGGUAUAGAUGGUGUAACGGAUUUAACUUUUUUGUAA